CUUUCACAUUCCCCAUUUCCGGUUAAAAAAUACGAAACUGAGGUUUUCGAGUUAGCCGUGCUACCGUCUACCCACGUGUGUAUAUAUAUGAUCUAGGUGCUGUUUUAUAGGUACAGUACAGAUUUGAUGGAUUGAAUAAAACACAAGCAGGACGCCGUGUUGAUAUCAUGUUUGCAAAACAACUUUUUCGACCACUGCAAUGGCUCCAAAGGAACAGACUUGUACCAGAGAAUCUGUGGCGAACGUCAUACAGCGUUGAUGCAAGCAAGCUGUUUCUUGAGAAAAUUCUAGCCAGUCCUGGACCAGAGUCGAAUUUGCCUGCUGGAAUGAACACAAAAUUCAAAGAUAUGGACCCAGAAAUGCAGGAAGUAUUCAAGAAAGUCAUCCAGUGUGAAUACAAAGUUAAAAGCCUAACAACGUUUAAUCAGAUUGCUGAUUGGAUUACGGAGGACAUGUGGGAGCAGCUGUACCAUACUCGGAGCCAUAGUGGUAGACAUACUCUCAUGAAAAAGUUUUAUGUAGACCAACGGAAAAAACAUGUCAAGGAAGCCAAAAAGACUGCAAGCAAGAGCAUUCAAAGUCCUGUACAUGACAACAAAAUGGAAAGGAAAUCUAACCACUAUGUCGUCAGAUGUGGGAAAACGGAGGUUAGUCUUGCUGAGAAACAUAGACAGCUUAGAUCACAAUUCCAUGGCAUUAAUUUGGUUAUAGAUUUAAAAGAUGUGCAUAAAAUGAAACAGAAAGAGCAAAACAAUGUGUUGAACUCUGUAUAUAAUGGCUUGACCAGUAAUGCCACGGCACGAGAACCAUUCCACAUGGUGUUAUGCAAUUCAAAUCUACCUAAAAUGGCAUUGACUGUUAAAUAUCGGGACAUGUCUAAACAUUUCACUGACAUUACAGAGAAGAGUUACCUGGAUCUAUUUCCUCGAAAAGAGCUGGUCUACUUAUCUCCUAGUGCCAGAGGCAGCAGAGUGCAAUACGAUUCCCGAUACACCUAUAUAAUUGGUGGUCUGUCUAUGAAUGAAAACCAGGAUAUAAGUUUGGCGAGGGCGAUGAAGGACAAUAUCCGUGUACAGGAAAUCCCACUGAAGAAAUAUUUUAGGCACAUCAACAGCCGCCGGGUAAUCCCUAUAGAGGAAGUGGUAACAGUUAUGCUAAGUUUGAAAGCAAAUGACGGUUUAUACGAAGCAGCAUUUCAGAGUAUUCUCAGUCAUCGACAUGGCGUGAACAGUAUAAAAUCACUUUUAAAAGGAUAUUGCGAUCCAUUGCAAGAAGAACCGGUGUCAGAUGAGGGCAAGCGCAUUCUAAAUACACUUUAUAACGAUUUACCAAAGAAAUAUGAAUUUCGAUUAAAAACCGACAUGUCAGAGCCCUUUACACAAGAGGAGAUGUACAUGUCAGAGCCCUUUACACAAGAGGAGAUGUACAUGUCAGAGCCCAUCACACAAGAGGAGAUGUAGUAGGAGAAUAUAUGAGAUAGGGCGACACACAAGUGGUACUGAACUCAUUCCAAACCAGCUGUGGGGGGCAUGGCAGCACAAAGGCGUUCCCUGAAACAUCGCACUGGAUGAACUUGUUGGGGGACGGGUGCGAGAAGAAGAGGCCGGCAUUUGUCACAGUCUGGCCCAGACAUGGAUUUUUAUCCACUCCGCUACCUGUUAGCAAACAGAAAUGGCAUCAUGUUGACUUAAAAGUACAAAAAUGUUUAACCUUGUGUACACAACAGUGUAAUGCAAUGUUUAACCUUGGGAAACCACCAGUGUAAUGACAUUACUAUACACACCACCAGUGUAAUGACGUUACUAUACACACCACCAGUGUAAUGAUAUUCCUAUACACACCAACAGUAUAAUGACAUCACUAUACACACCAACAGUGUAAUGACAUUACUAUACACAUCACCAGUGUUAUGACAUUACUAUACACACCAACAGUAUAAUGACAUCACUAUACACACCUACAGUAUAAUGACAUCACUAUACACACCAACAGUGUAAUGACAUCACUAUACCCACCAACAGUGUAUUUACAUUACUAUACACACCACUAGUGUAAUGAAAUUACUA